GACUCCAGCCUAUCCUCUCCAAACAGUGAAGGCAAUGGUCCUGGCAGAGUGUCCUGCUUUCGGAGGGAGACUUUUACACUGUACGAAAGCUAAGGGAAACACUCGUCGCUGAUGUGAACCAGAGCCCUCGUGCACUCGCCUUGGAUUAAAACGGAAACUUUUACGAUGGCUCUGAAGAUGAAAAAGUAGCAUUAGAAGCUAACCGCCGACGGACCUUACACUGCAAAGCAACUCCGAGUAGAUGCACGGCCACUGCUGAAAAAUAUGCUCCAGCCGAGCCGCAUGAACCCCGGAUUCAGCAGCAGAUUCCCCGCGUUAUAACCAGUUUUGUGAGACAUUCUCCGGGCUUCUGUUUUUAUUUUUCACUCCGCUCCUUUCCUAUAAAGUCUACUGUACGAGACCCACCUGCGAGAGAGCAUUAUGGCAGGGAAGCUGACAGCAGCGCAGGGAACAGGAAUACUGCUGGUGACAGCCAACGUCGGGUCAUUGUUCGAGGAUCCGGAAAAUCUACAGAAAACAUGGCUGAGGGAGUUUUACCAGACAAUACAGACACACAAGCCUCACUUCUUUGCUUUGCACUGUCAGGAGGUGGGGGGGAAGAACUAUGAGGCGUCCAUGUCCCACGUGGAUAGUUUUGUCAAAGAGCUGUUGUCCAGUGAUGUGAUGAAGGAGUACAACAGAGCCCGCGUCUACCUCGAUGAGAACUACAAAUCCCAGGAGCAUUUCACAGCUCUGGGAAGUUUCUACUUUAUCCACGAGUCGUUGAAAAACAUCCAGCAGUUUGAUUUCAAAGCCAAGAAAUUCAAGAAGGUCGUGGGGAAGGAAACGUACUCGGAGACACUAGAAAGCACCCCCUCCCUGGAGAAGGAGAAGUUUCCCCAGGACUACUUCCCUGAGUGCAAGUGGUCCAGAAAGGGAUUCAUCAGGACUCGAUGGGCCCUGGCAGACUGUGCCUUUGAUCUGGUCAACAUCCACCUUUUCCAUGAUGCCUCCAACCUGAUUGCGUGGGAGAAGAGCCCCUCUGUGUACUCCGGGACCAGGCAGAAGGCGCUGGGCUACGUCUUAGACAGGAUCACGGACCAGCGGCAUGAGAGGCUGCCAUAUUUCGUGUUUGGGGACUUUAACUUCAGGCUGGACUCCAAACAGGUCAUUGAGAGUCUUUGCUCCACUGCCACCCUGCAGACAGUCCGAGCCGCCGACACCAACGAGGUGGACAAGCUAAUAUUCAGAGAGAGUGACAAUGACCGGAAGGUUGUUCUUCAACUUGAGAAGAAGCUUUUUAAUUAUGUCAACCAGGACGUUUUCCGGGAAAACAAUGGGAGCCCGCUUUUAGAGUAUGACAAAGAGCUGUCGGUGUACAAGGAUCGGCUGCAUGAGCUGGAGAUCUCCUUCCCACCCAGUUACCCGUACAGUGAGGACAGCAGCCAGGGGAAGCAGUACAUGAACACCCGAUGCCCCGCCUGGUGUGACCGGAUCCUGCUGUCUGCCUCUGCCAGGGACCUGGUCUUGAAGCCUGAAAACGAAGAGAAGUCUGUAGUCUAUGAUAACAUCGGGCCCAAUGUCUGCAUGGGGGACCACAAGCCUGUCUUCCUGUCCUUCCGAAUAACAGCGGGGGCAGGUAAACCUAAUGCAAAUAAGCACAAGUGUUGUGUGGUGCAGUGAUGUCGUGGGAAGUGUUGCCAAAGGGGGGAGAAGAUAUUCCGAGAAGCGCCUCUGUGAGAACACAAGAGAAACAAACAGGACACACACAUGCAUGCACACACAUACAUACACACACACACACACACACACACACACACACACACACACACACACACACACUUUGCACAAGCAUACACUGAAGUUUUUCAGCAGUGCUGAGCAGUUGCAGUUGUCCUGACGCCUCAUCCAUACACCCUGCCGUUUUCUCUCCAUAAAACACUUGUUGAGAUGUGGACGAGCACCGAGGGCUCCAGACAGACACACAUCGCUGACCUCACUGUUGCCAUGCAACCCCAUUCCCCCCAAGAAGAAAAAAAGGACGGACGACUCUUUUCCAUGCCGCAGCCUCGUUGCCAAAACUCUAAUCUAAAUCAGUCCUACUACUUACUUUUAGACACCGUACUUGCCAUUUUUAGGUAUGCCUCUCUGUAUAGAGCUACUCUCACACAGUAUGUAAGGUGUUUUAAGUGCAAUGCAAAAACAAGUUGUAUAUCUAUAUUGUUAGGUUUAUUUGUACAUUGGACAGUAUAACAUAGAGUUGUUAAUGAUUUUAGUGCCGUUCUCUUUCUGACCAAACUUUGCGGUCCCUUUGUUGGAACAGAUAACCUUUCCGUUUAUUUCAACAAUUUAUAUAUAUAUAUAAAUAUAUACAUUUUUGUUUUUGAGUUGUUGUGUGCACAACACAUUGCCAUGCCUGACACAUCAGUUGAGUCUCAUUUUAUAUACUGUACUUUUUAAAGAGAUAAUUUAUAAUUCUUACCAAAAUGUUGAUGCUGAAGUGUGCAGAGAGUGACCUUUGAGUAGAGACUCUUGUGUUUUAAGCAGUGCCAUAGACCAUGCAAGUAUAUAAGAUAUUGUUUCAUAUAUAGCUCUCACAUUAGUUCAUUAUUAUUCUUACUCUAACUUAUUUCUAUAAUAUUAUGGUUCUGAAUGUGAUAUUUUAGAUAGGCUUGGGUAUCCUUCAAAUGUUUUAUUGUGUGUCAUUUUUUUUUGUUACUGCAUUUGGUGCCAAGUAUCCUAAACCGAGAUGAAGUGUGUAAGAGUUCUAGAAUAAGUGGUAAAGGUGUUGAUUAUGUCAUGUAAAAAAGAGAGAAACUCUAACGCGGGAAGAGCAGGGAGCUUUUUAUUUGUUUCAGCCUUAUUUGCAGAUCAUUGAGCAUUAGGUUUCUUUUGUAUCGAUUUCAUUUACUACACUACAGAUUUCAGACUGUGAUUUAUUUUUCAUCUAAAUCACUGCAAGUGGAAAUGAUUUUGUGCCUGCCGCAGAAUUUAUGUUGUCUUGUGUGAUUUUGGUUUGUAGGCCCAGCUUGUUUUUGUCCCUGUGGGUGUUCUGUAGGAGUAAGCCGCAGUUUCUCUUCACUCCAUCUUAUAAAGCAGAUAGAGAUUGUAUUCUAUAGCCCCCCCCCCCCCCCCCCCCC